AUGCCGCAUAAUGUGCCAUUUGGGGGGUGGUUAGUUAUUUUAUAUGAUGCAGAUAUCAGUGUUGAUUUGAUCAUCAAGGUGGGUGGCAAUAAACUUGCGGCUAUGGCCACUUGUCAAAUUGGGCAUAUGAGCAAUGUGAAAGCCAGCAGUCUGAAGAGUGUUAUAAUUCACAAAUUCAAGGACCCAGUCCCUGUGGAUUCAGGGUAG